AAGAUCCCAAUCUCAUGGUCCAUUGGAUCUAAGAACCCAAGUUCAUUACACAUUGUGAAGCUAAAAGCUUCCUGUACUCGUGUGGUAUGAGCAUGCAUGCAAUAAUACAUGGUAACCACUUUCAUCUUGGCCAGCUUAUUUCGGAGAGGCACCAAUGUCCGACAAAAAAGAAUCAGGGCCGACUUCUUGUAGGUCGACCACGUUCCAAAGACCCAAGUGGGUUUUGGCCUUUCCUCCCUCUCUUCUUUUUCUUCCUCUUCCCCUACUUACUGCCAAGUCCCAUUUCCUGAAGUUCCCCCAUAAGUUCCAAUCCGUCUUUUGGCCCUCAAUCAACGGCCACCGAGACCUCGGAAGAAAAGGGCUCCGUCAAAUCAGAAGAACGAGGAGCGGAACAACCUCCUCUUGUCCUCUCGUCAGGCUUUCCUUUCGACCUGACUUCUCCGUCAGGAAAUAAAGGCUUCAUUAGUCAAAGGCUCCUUUACCGAUGCAGUUAAUGGAACUUUGAGCCUUCAUCUAUCAAAGCCUUUUCAACGAUAUUGUAUCUAAAACCCGUUCGCCUAGCUCAUCAUCAUCGUCUAUUGGAAGAAAAACAUUCAGAGCGGGCUGAAACGCCAACAAGGUCGAACUAAGCGAGUGUGACUAAAAGGAAGUUGUUUUCCUUCAAACUUGAGCUUCACAGUCCGCCAAAAAUCCACCCCCGAGGCAAAUCUAGCCUUCAUCAGACCGUACGCUGGAGUCAAUUUGUCAUUCUUCAACAUCGGAUUAAGAUUCGUCAGAGGCUCAGUUAACUGAAACCCAAUCAGCUUAUGGGUCCAAGUCGUCCAAGCUGAUUACUCGCCUCGUUCUUUCAGGCCAUGAAUCACGGUAUGAAUUGGUCCAUGGAUUCCAAGUGUGCAAUCGACUCACUCCGCGUGCCAAAAUGAGAAGCCAUGGCGAGGACGGACCCAAAAACAAAACGAUUUGGCCGUGUUCUCCCGAAUCCUUCACGAUUGCAUAGCUCGCCCUUCCAUUGGACCCAACACCGACAUUUCCAAUAACAGCGGCGCUGACGACAAUUCCACCCUUCGUUACGGAGGCAACCGGAAAAAGCAUGGCCAGCACAUUCUCUGAGCAUGUUCCCACCACAUUACCACCAUCUUUGGGUGCCAACCUCGGCUUGAAUGAUAAUGGUGGUGAUAAUAAUCACAAUCAUCAUCAUGAUGGUGAUAAUAAUGAUCGAGAUCUUGGGCAAUACCUCGACGAAGAGUACUCCCUUCAGAGUUCCACCUCGUUUGGAGGCCUGGCCGACACAAACUAUUGGGCCAUAUUGCUGCUCCUUCUGUGCGUGGUGGUGGUAUUUGGCAACGUUCUCGUGAUCUUGAGUGUGGCCAGAGAGAAGCUCCUUCAGAACAUCACCAACUUCUUCAUUGUGUCCUUGGCCGUGGCAGACCUCUUGGUGGCUGGUUUUGUUAUGCCCUUCUCUGUCUACGUCCUGGUCAAUUGGGGAAUGUGGGGAUUUCCGGAGAUCCUCUGUGAUUUCUACAUUGCUCUGGACGUGGUGUGCAGUACAUCAUCCAUCUUCAAUCUCGUCGCUAUUAGUAUUGAUAGAUAUUACGCCGUCACAGCGCCCAUCAAAUAUUCCCAGCACCGUGAUAACCACACCCGAGCCUACAUUUUCAUCAUGGUCUGUUGGGUGGCCUCAAUUGCCAUUGGGAGUCCAAUCAUGCUGGGAGCAAAUCAUAUCCCAGAUGAAGCCAAAGUUUUCUCCCGCGAGAUUCCUGACCAGUCAUCCGAGUGGUCUUCCAAUCAGACGGACAUAAACGAAGGAAUCAGGCCCAAUGAUUUGGGCUCGAACUCAAGUUCCGUCCGUUGGGAUGCAGGAAAUAGAGCUCUUCUCAACAUCAGCGUCAAUGAUGCUCUCCCCACUUCCAAAAUCAAAACCAAUCAGAGCCAAAUACAGAGUAUGGAGUUCGUGUGCGCCUUCUACAAUCCAGAUUUUAUUAUCUGGUCGUCCCUGGGAUCCUUCUAUAUUCCGUGCUUUGUGAUGAUUUUCCUUUACGCCAGGAUAUUCAAGGCUCUUCAUCAACGUGCCUUAAUUGCCAAGAUGGCCAAGAAGAAGAAGCAAUUCCCCAGUAAUCGACCCACACCCAACAAUGAGAAACCCCCCCCUCAACCGGGAAGUGGAAGCUCGGAGAUGUCUUCCAUAGAUAAAUGUAAAAAACCUCUCGACACCGUGGUCACCCUGGACAAAAACGGGAAAUCUGUGGCGGAAACCCGGUUGACCGUUGAUGGAGUACAAACCAAUGGUGCAGCCCUCACUGCCAAGAAAAUGAACGGUACUCUGGCCAUCCAAGUUAGCCAGGAGGAUCCUCAACGGAAAUGGAGCACGGAGAGUGGAACUGUCAUGAUCGACGUUCGCAUUCAAGAGCCCUCCGAUUCCCUUCCCACCAAACCAAAUAUGGCACACAAAGCCUGUGGUCCGGACACGAGCAUUUAUCAGCGGUCCAAAACGGCCGCCAUGUUGGCCGCCGGGGCCAACAACAACUCCCAAAGUGAUAAAAUACCCACGGUCGUGCUGCACCCUGACGGGAACGAACCGGCCACGAAAUUGAACCCAACCUCCCCUUCACCGGAUGAGGAGGGUAAACAAAGGAACCGUCUGAGCUUGUCACUCUUCUCACCUUCUUUGAAACGUUCGUCGAUUUGUUCGUUUUUCGGGGGUGGAGCCGAUAGCAAUCUACCUUCUCCCGCCUUGAGCCAUCGACAAAGCACUGAUCUGAUGGGCGAGGCCUUGGACGCCCGAGAUAAGACCAGAUCCGGUUUCACCAAUAUGAUCACAAUGAAUCGAAUCAAUCGGGGGAGUCGCAAAAACCGACAAAAGAAGAAGGAGAAGACGUCCGCCCGAAAGGAGAAGAAGGCCACGCAAACCCUCGCCAUUGUCCUAGGUUGUUUUCUUGUGUGCUGGACGCCUUUCUUCACAUGUAACAUGCUUCACGCCAUCUGCUUAAAGUUCCAACUGUCCUGGAUGCCUGGAGAUACAGCCUUCAUCCUGACCACGUGGUUGGGUUAUAUCAACAGCUGCAUCAACCCGUUGAUUUACACCAUUUUCAACCCCGAAUUCAGAAAGGCUUUCAAGAGGAUCCUGGGCAUGGGUCAUUAAACUUGUACUUGAGUUACAGAAGUUAAAGAUUUAUCCAGAAUUCCCAGCGCAAAACCAUCAUUUGCCCUCGAUCCACAAAGAAAGUGCAUUUCCUUGAUGUCUGUCUACUUGGUUGGGAAUCAUUAAUUCAACUUAUAUGUUUGAGAUGUCAGUUCUUCCCCCUUCCGAAGUCAGCAGUAUUUUUUGAGGAUUGAUUGUGAACCCAUUAGGUUGAUAUUGUGAUCGUAGAUCUGUUCCAAUCAUGACUCCUGUUUGUUAAUUGAUUAACUGUAAACGAAGUACCAUUCAUACAGAAUAAAUUGACGUUACAUGUGUAUGGUAAAAUU